AUGGGGUUCCGCCUGUCACUUGGCCUCCCUACCCUUGUAGGGCUGAUGCAGCUUGUUGCCGCGGCAGACAUCUACGUCUCACCCACUGGCUCUGACAAUGCGGACGGCUCCAAGGGGUCCCCCUUCAAGACCUUGGUUAAGGCCCAGCUUGCCGUGAGGUCCUUGGCCACCCCGUCGAUGCGCGAGGAUGUCACCGUUCACCUGAGCGGCGGCGUCCACUCCCUGGCCGCGCCCCUGGUUUUCACCUCGGCCGACUCGGGAAAGAACGGACGCACGGUCCACUGGACAGCAGACGGCACCGACACCACCGUCUCGGGCGGCAUCAAGCUGACGGGCUGGACGGCGGGGCAGAACGGCGUCUGGUCGGCCGCCGUCCCGGCCGGCACCAAGAGCCGCAACCUGUACGUGCGCGGCCAGGCGUCCAACUACGCGCGCCGCAAGAUCGCCAACCGCAAGGAGUUCACCUACAACGCCAACGGCAUGAGCUGGAGCGACGGCAAGUACGACUGGCUGCAGUCGACCGAGGGCCUCGCGGGCGCCGAGGUGCGCUUCAUCAGCUCCUUCACGGACCGGUACGCGCCCAUCGAGUCCGUGGGGCAGCGCCAGCUGGUGAUGAGGAAGCCGAGCUGGACGAACAACAUCAUGGGCUACGACACGCUCAACAAUCCCAAUGCCGACUUUGGCGUCUGGGUACAGGGCGCCCGCGCCCUGUUGACCGAGGGCGGCCAAUUCCAUCUGGACUCGGCUGCUGGGAGGGUUUACUACAAGCCGUUGAGGGAGGAAGAGGGCAGUAUGUCGUCUAUUGAUGCGUACCUGGGAGUCCUGGAGGUCCUCGUCGCCGUGAGCGGCAAGUACGGCGACCCGGCCCACGACAUUCGAUUUUCUGGCAUCAAUUUUGCCCACUCCACCUGGCUCGCCCCCAGCACCAUCGGCUACGUCGACCAGCAGACGGGCGGCCACAUCGCCGAGCAAAAGACGUACCCCAACUUCGAGGCGGCGCGGCCGGGGUGGCACCAGAUGCCGUCGGCCGUCCAGGUCAGCGCCGCGUCCAACAUCACCUUCGUCGGCGGCUCCUACACGCAGAUGGGCGGCGGCGGCGUGGGGCUCGGCAACGACGCCAACGCGCACCUGACGGGCGUCGGGCUGGGCGCCCAGAGCGUCUCGGUCACCGACGGCUACUUCUCGCAGAUCAUGGGCAACAGCAUCACGGCCGGCGGCGUGCGCGCCGACGCCCACCACCCGCCCAACGCGGCCGCCAUGACCAACUCGCGCAUCACCAUCGCCGACAACGUCUUCCGCAACGUCUCGGCCCUGUACAGCAGCACCGUGCCCAUCUUCGUGUCGUACGUGCGCGACUCGGCCGUGAGCCACAACGACAUCUUCCAGGCCCCCUACUCGGGCAUCUGCCACGGCUACGGCUGGGGCAGCAACGACGCCGGCGGCUCGCCCGAGUACGUCAAGCGCGGCCUGUACAACUACCAGCCCCAGUACAGCACGCCCACCGUCUCGCAAAACAACCGCAUCGAGGCCAACCUGCUGCACCAGUACGGCCUCUCGCACACGGACCUGGGCGCGCUCUACACGCUCAGCAAGUCGCCCGGCUCGUCCGUCGAUGAGAACUACGCCUACGACUCGAACGGCUUCGGCGUCUACAACGACGAGGGCAGCAACAGCUAUGCCGUGCGCCGCAACGUGCUGCUCUGCACCGGCAUCUGGCGCGCCACCAACGGCGUCAACACGGCCAACAACGCCUUCGCCGACAACUGGGGCCGCGUCGGCUCCGUGAGCGGCUCGGACCGCUCGGCCUCGAACCUGCAGCAGACCUCGGCCGCGGCACAGCGCGUCGCCUACCGCGCCGGCGUGCGCCCGUCCAAGCGUGCUGGGCGGUCUGUCUCCAACGACCCGGGCGUCGCCGACGGGUACCUGGGCUCGUCGUGCUCCGGCAGCGGCGACCUGACGCUGACGCUGUGGAACUACGACGACAGUCCGUUCACGGGGGUUUCGUUUGCCGUGCGCGCCAACAACGGGGCCCAGAUCUCGCCUUCUGGCGGCGCGUCCCCCGCCACGGUGGGCGCCGACACCUGGGUCCAGGCAAAAUUCCGCGUGGCCAGCGGCGGGUGCGGGGCCGUGGCGGGCUCGUCGGCGUCGUAUACCAACUCGCGCACCGGGGCAAAGGCGACCCGGAAUGGCGUGAACGCCACUCCGCCGUCGGGGUCUCCACCUGCGCCUGGGACUGGAGGGGCCGGUGGUAUCGUAUAGGACCGAGGUUGUUGGUAGCGAAAGGCAUGCCAUGUUGGUACCAGUCAAGAUAGCCACUUAGAUGAGUCUUUAUAGGCCGGCUCGAUGCCAGGCUCAGAAAUAUCCACGCUUAUUACUGCAUCA